UGGUAAGGGGUAUUUUCGGUUGGCCUUAUCGGUUGGGCUAGGUUUUGACACCGCUAACGAGGCGGCGGUCGCGCGAGUGAAGGUGAGAAAUGAUAAAACUGUACACAGAGAACUUCACAGCAGGCUAGCAUUGCCACUUCAGCCGUUUUCUGAGGUCGUCCUUGCCCUGCAUCAAUCUGUGGCUGUGCUGCGGUGAAGGGGCCUAGAGAGAAAAGAACAGAACACUCUCCCACCGCGAAGUAGAAGACAUGGUGAGGCUAACAGCGGAUUUGAUAUGGAAAAGUCCUCAUUUCUUCAACGCCGUGGGGGAUCGAGAGUUGGAUCUCCGAGGCAACAAGAUUGCUGUAAUAGAAAACCUGGGAGGAACCGAGGACCAAUUUGACACCGUUGAUUUGUCAGACAAUGAGAUUGUUAAGCUUGAAAAUUUCCCUUAUCUGAGUCGGAUAGGUACCUUGCUUAUAAACAAUAAUAGAAUUACUCGUAUCAAUCCUAAUAUUGGAGAAUACUUGCCAAAACUACAUUCUCUGGUUCUUACAAACAACCGACUUGUUAACUUGGUGGAGAUUGAUCCACUUGCAUCCCUUCCGAAACUGCAGUUCCUUAGUCUGCUCGAUAAUAACAUUACAAAGAAACCAAAUUAUCGGUUAUAUGUGAUCCACAAACUGAAAUUGCUACGGCUGCUUGAUUUCAAGAAAGUGAAAUAUAAG